AUGGCACCUUCACGACGUGCCCCACGCAACUCAAGUGGCCAGUUGGCUCCUGCUGAGGGCGUAUUCGCAGACUACGAGGGAAAUAUAGAGGCAAAGGCAGGGCAAAGUUCCCGGAAUGCCAUUGGCGCGGCCGAAAAUGCGCUUGUCUUGGCUGAGGUUGUCAAGAAUCUUCUUGACAGCCUAGACAUGAUCGUAGGCGAGCAAUCCCCGGAACUCGCGCCUAGCUCAAUCGACUCCGUUCUUCGAGCUGCCCACGUUGGCCGCAGCGGAAGUGGCAGCGGAAGUGCCAGAGGCGCACCCAGAUUCGAUGACACGCCGAUUCCUAUCGACCUAACCGCCGGGUCACCGUCUGCCCAGAAGCGAAAGGCUCCUCAGGUCAUCGAUCUAGACUCGGAUGAAGAUCUAGUUCAAUUUGAGGAACCUGAGGGUCAGACACAAGAUGGCAUUCCAACAACUUCACGACCUUUCCCUGCGGGGCCAUUCAUCGUUUCUGACUCAAUUCCAUGCGGUAAUGGUCGCAAGGACAUCUAA